AUGCUAUCAUCAACAAGGCAUGUUCUGCAAUAUUUAAUCCUUUUGUCCUCCUCUUCACAAUUGGCUUGUGGGACGGCAACUCCAGAUCUGGGCUGGAAAGCCGGUUGGAAGCCAGCUUCUUCAUCUCUGUCGGAUGCUCUUGCAUCAAAUGGUCUAACUAAUCUUCUCAAUGCGGACAAGACUCACUGGAGUCCUGAUUGUUCCAUAGAAACUGCUGUCAAGCGUAAAGAAUGGACCUCUUUGAAACCUGGCGAUCGAAAAGCCUAUACAGAUGCGGUUGUAUGCUUGAUAAAUAAACCAUCUCUAAUUAGCCAAUCUGCGAUGGCAUCUUCAGCGCCCGGGGUGAAGAGCAGAUAUGACGAUUUUACCGCAAUUCACAUCAAUACCACCAUGACAGUACAUGCGACGGCAAACUUUCUCGUAUGGCAUCGUUACUUUCUCCUCGCUUUCGAGACUGCACUCCGCGAUGAGUGCGGGUACAAAGAUUAUCUUCCGUACUGGAAUUGGGCAAUUACUGCCCUAGAUCCUAUCAAUUCACCUGUAUAUGAUGGAAGCGAGUUUUCGAUGGGUGGAAAUGGGGUGUACGAAGAACACAAUUGCACGAAUGGUUUGUUUAGCACUACUGAACCACCACUGGGCUGUAUUCCUGCGGGUGAGGGGGGUGGAUGUGUUGAGACUGGUCCUUUCAAGAAUUAUACUGUCAAUCUCUCGCCCAUGCGACCUAGUUAUCCAGAUCCAGCGCUCAAUGGGUCUCUGCCAGCACUCUCAUAUCUCCCACGAUGCUUGCGACGCGAUGUCAGCCCUUGGAUCUCGAGCAACUAUACGAGAGAUAUAGACAUUGCGAAUCUCAUCACCGAAAAUCCGGACGUCUGGUGGUUCCAAACCAUCUUUCAAGGAAAUGGCUUCCCCGGAGGCAAUUAUGGUGUUCAUGCUGGAGGUCACUUUACUGGAGGUGGUGAUCCAGGCGGAGACUUCUUCACUUCGCCGGGCGAGCCAGUAUUUUGGCUUCAUCACGCGAUGGUUGAUAGAACUUGGUGGAUAUGGCAAAAUCAAGACAUCGCAAAGCGACAGUAUGCCUUUGAAGGUACAAUCACCUUCAACGAUAGCCCGCCUAGCAGAAAUGGAACAUUAGAUGAUUGGCUUGAUAUUGGUAUUCUGGGAGAGCAGUUGAAGACAAGGGAUAUCAUGAACACUGUUGGAAACGGGUUGUGCUAUUUAUAUGUUUGA